ACCAUGUGGAACGCAAACUCAAGACCACUCACCACGCCACGCUGCCGUGAAACACAGGAGUUGCGACGCCGUGAAAGUUCGGUGGUCAUAAUAGCCACAUUCAUACUUGUUUGAAGUUCGUUUGGUAUUCUUAUACCUUCUUGGUCAUCCCUGAACAAUGGGUGAGGGUGAAGUGAAUCCCAAGGCAUUUCCUCUGGCAGAUGCAACCCUGACCCAGAAGCUCCUCAACCUGGUGCAGCAAGCAUCAAACUACCAACAGAUUAAGAAAGGAGCAAAUGAAGCCACCAAGGCUCUGAACAGGGGCAUGGCAGAGAUGAUCAUCAUGGCAGCCGAUACUGAGCCCUUGGAGAUCCUGCUUCAUUUGCCACUACUUUGUGAGGACAAGAAUGUGCCAUACGUGUUUGUCCGUUCCCGCACAGCACUUGGACGUGCUUGUGGGGUGUCACGUGCUGUUAUGGCCUGUGCAAUCCUGAGCAAUGAAGGAUCUCAGCUUAAACCCCAAAUUACACUUAUGCACCAGGAAAUUGAAAAAUUGUUGGUUUAAAUAUGUAUGUAGCAUGCAUGUGUGUGCAUGUCUUCAUUUAUUCAUUCAUUCAUGUGUUCAUUUGUAUGUGUGUGUAUUCGGAGUGAGAGAAUUGUAGACGUAUUUUGUGCAUCCCACUCUUACUGAAUGUAAAUUUUUCACAUGAAAAUCUACGGUCACUUUUUUCCUUGUGUUACCUUUAAAUGGCACUAAAAUGAAAUUAGGAAGAAAAAAAUUCAAGCUCUAAAAGAUUCAGUUAUUAGUUCAGCUUUUCAUUUCAAGUCUUAAUGUGUUGUUAGAAUGUCAGUCCAGUUCUUUGUAAAUCACUGUUCCAUUUUCUCCUUUAUAAGCAUAACAUUCAUAAAUAUUUCGGACUACUGGUGUGAUAUGCUUUUAAAUGUCAUUCCUUUUGAGAAAAAAAAAUCAAUAAGAAACUAAUCACUUGAUUUUUCUUUAUAUUGUUUAGAAGAAUAUUUACCUUUUCUGUAGACUACAUGUAUAUCUGAGGUUUAUAUUAUUAAUAAUGAUCUAUCUGUCUGUACAAAUAUUGUUGAUAAUGAUUUAAGAUAUUGAAAAGAAAGUACCUCAAGAUUAUCUAUCCAUCUUAAAGAUGUUUUGUUGAUAUGGAUAUGAAGAAAAUUGAUAAAUAUUAUAUUGUAAUUUUGCUUAAAAUGUAACUUGCUCUGAAAUAAGAAUGUAUGAAAGUACACUUUU